AUGCGGGCGGGCUAGAGAGGCCCGGUGUGGCCGGGUGGGGAGAGGGAGGACCGAGUAUGGAGGACGAGCAGAGCUUCUCGGAUAUCAGUGGCGGGCGCCUGUCCUUGCAGCGCCGCUACUACACCCAGUCCUGCCGGGAGUUCUGUCUCAACUGCCCUCGGCUCUCGUUGCGGUCGCUCACCGCUGUCACCUGCACCGUGUGGCUGGUGGCCUACGGACUCUUCGCCCUCUGCGAGAACAGCAUGAUCCUCUCUUCUGCCAUCUUCAUCACCCUCAUAGGCUUGCUUGGAUACCUCCAUUUUGUGAAGAUUGAUCAGGAGACUCUUUUAAUCAUUGAUUCCCUUGGCAUCCAAAUGACUUCGUCCUAUGCCUCAGGCAAAGAAAGUACCACCUUCAUUGAGAUGGGCAAGGUGAAGGAUAUUGUCAUCAAUGAGGCCAUUUACAUGCAGAAGGUUAUAUACUACCUCUGUAUUUUAUUGAAGGAUCCGUUGGAACCACAAGAAAUAUCCCAAGUAGUACCCGUCUUCCAGACUUGUUUUAUAGACUUACAGUGUUGGAGAUUUGGCCUCAUAAUGAACAACUUCACCAUACUUUAGAGUGCCAAGCCCCGCCUGGACUGCUUGAUUGAAGUUUACAGGAGCUGCCAGGAGGUCCUGGCAAACCAGAAAGCCACAUCAACAAGAUCAUGAGGCCCAGCACGGAGGCCAGUAUUGUCUUCCAUGGGAGAUGACUCCUAAGCCAUAGUGGCUCAUUUAUUUUCUGUAUUCUAAGCCGGCAAGAGGACACAGUCCAGGCAAACAGUAUCGAUGCAGUGGAUUCCAGAGCCUUAGGACAGCCGACUGGAAAGCUAACUCGAUGUGUGCUGCUGAACAACGUGCUUACGUGUAUUUCAGUGUUGCCCUUGUACAGUUUUAUCUGUGUCUCCCACUGAUGGGAGACCUUUAGAAACUAUGCCAGUACUCAUGCUGACAAAGAAUACAAUGUGAACGAUUAGAAUUUAUGGAGCAAGACAGUGGGAAACUGAUGUCAGAUCUCCUAAGAAGGAUACAUAUUUUAAAAAUUAUUUUGUCUUAUUUUAAUGAGACAGACAGAGAGAGAGAGAGAGAGGUAGAGCACUGCUCAGCUCCGACUUAUGGUGGCUCUGGGAAUUGAAACUGGAACCUCAGAGCCUCAAGCAUGAGAGUCUUUUUGCAUAACUAUUAUGCUAUCUCCUCCCAGUCAACAGAUAUAAUUUCUAACUUCAUAGUAUCCCUGGAUAAAAGUGAAGAAAAAGUCAAGCUCAUUAGGAACUGGUUAGCAGGAAGAAGAAAUGCCCUACAAGACUAGUCCCUGCCUACAUGUCCUGUGUUCUAUACAGGCUUAAUUUGUGACGACUCUCUAAAUAAACAGAUAUCAUUCUAAAAGAUACACAAUAAUCUCUUGGUUCACAGGUAGCUGCCUAUUUUUUUUUUUUUUUUUUUUUUUUUUUUUUUUUUUCCUAUUUUUUUUUUAUUGAAACACACGAUCAUGGCAUUUCGGUCACAUGCACUUAGGAACAUUAGUACUCUUCCGUUGCUCAGUACUGUCAACAGGUUAAAAAAAUUACUGCCAAAAGGAGUAAGUCAGAAAGAAAUUCAACUUUGGUUUCCAGACAUGUUAAAGAAAGAUAAACAGACAAACUACUGAAAUCUUUGUUAUAGUUUCUUGUCUAUAAAAUCAACAGAUUAAAAGAGUACUCCUGCAGGUUAGAGAAGAGGGUGGGGAAAAUAGCUUAGCCCCUAAUUUAGUAUGACCAUGACUUUAUUCUUAUACUUUCUUCAGAAUCCUUUUUUUUUUUCCUUUUAAGUCCUGGGUAGAUAAUAAAUCCUCAUUGGCCUCAGAAACAUUCAAGAUAUUAUGGAACCAGAGUUGUAAUCUUUCCCUUUUACACCACCUGUGGAGAGUUUUCCAGGAGCCUCUGUACCUGUGAUUUGUGACUUGUUUGAGGUAGAAAUGUCUUAGAUCCCAAAUUCUGGGGAUGAGGGGCAUAAGACAAGAACAGAAAUGGGAGACAAGUAGUGAAAUUGCCAUCCCUGAAAAGUGACAUCCACUUAGAUGAGACAGAAACUCUGCUCUUCUUUUCCUCAGAAAGGGGAAGUCCUCGAGCUACUGAGGUGUUCAGAUGAACUCGCUCCGCCUUGUAGUGUUGGCUGUGUGCAACACACACAUUGUUGGAGUUAAAGGCUUGGUUCUUUAUUACUACUGCAAAAGCCAUACAAUUCUUAGCACUUUAUUAAAAAAAAAAAAUGGUAAGACUGCCUUGAAGCAAUGAAAUAAAACUCAAGUUUCUUCAAUGUCAA